UUAUUCUGACUGGCCUCUUAUCUCUUUUAAUAAGACUGAUUAUAUUGUCUGCUUUUAUUUUUCUUAAUUUCUUUUACCACCAUAGAUAUUACCACAUAUCCUCCAUAUGGCGUGGGAACAAUACACACACAACUGUGUCUGUGUUUCAGUUCUGUUCCACUGUUUCAGACACACAGGUUCAUCCAUAUAACUGUAGUGGUAACUACAAGCUAAGACUCCAGCAGAGAUGUCUGUCCCAUUUAGCAGCCUUUCUCUAAGUGAUAUUCUCACGCUUUUAUUUUGAAGGCGGCCUCUCUUGUGUUCCGGUACUGUCCCGUGGUGAAACCCAGUGCGGUAUGAAGCUGACCGAUGAAUUCUAACGGGAGGGAGAAAAGAGGAGAGGAAAAUGAAAGAGUGAGGGAGAUAGAGAGAAAUAGGGGGAGAGAGGGAGGUAGAGGAGAGCUGUCGGACCAUCCUACCAACCGCUGCUCUAGAGGAGGGUGAGGUUUAUAAAUGUAACGUUACCGUCGGCGCAAAUCGUAUUCGUCUUUGUUGCUGUCAAGACAGAAAGAAAAGCUGGCGUCCAUAACGGGAGCGCGCCUUUAUGCAAAAUGAACAUUCAUUUUGCGUAAAGGCUGUAGAAGUAUGCCUCACAAUAGGAGUUUAAAUCUCCCUUACCGUACUUUAGGGUAUUUUGUGCCUCACUGGUCUCCUCACUGCUAAUUUCCCAAUAUUUCAGCAGGGACUUGUACAUUUGCUGUUGUGUUUGGCGUAGCCUACCACCUGGCUUAGAUACGGUAGGAUUAAUGUAGUUUGCCGGUGAUGUGGGUGCUGUGGGUGUCGAUGGAUGGGAUCUGGUGUUUCACGUUAUUCUGACUGCGACGUGAGCAGGAAAUGCCGCUGUAAGCAGGCCUGUCCAGCCCAUCUAUCACACUGAAUGAAAGGCUGCAGACAGUGAAGGAAAACAAACGUUGUUUGCUUUGGCUCAGAUUGCACACACGCUGUUAGUGUGUGUGUGUUGAGUGUUUCAACAUGACAGCCCUGCGUCAGAGGAAGGGCAGCAAGGGGAAGGAGCCCCCCCUUGGUGCAGAGUUUCAGUCCCAACAUCCCAACUGUUGCACCGACCAUCAUCAAGAGAAGAUCUUGCACGGUGACUGGUCAUGGGGGGCAAUAAUCUGGACAUCAGUUGGUUGGUCUGUGUCUGUUGGUCUGGGCCUGCUGUGCUGUAUCUACAUGGCCACACUGCAUGAGAACGACCUGUGGUUCUCCAACAUAAAGGAAGUGGAGCGGGAGAUCUCGUUUCGGACAGAGUGUGGACUGUACUACUCCUACUACAAGCAAAUGUUGCAGGCCCCAACAGUACACGAAGGGCUCUCAGAAUUGAUCCAUGACAACUUGACAGAAUCUAAGAGGACCAUUAAUCUCCUACAGCGAAUGAAUAUCUACCAAGAGGUCUUUCUCAGUGUUCUCUACAGACUGUUGCCCAUACAGUCGUAUCUGGAGCCAGUGUAUUUCUAUAUUUACACAGUGUUCUCGCUCCAAGCGGUGUAUGUGAUUGCUCUGUACCUCAUAGCAUGGCUCCUGUCUGGUUCCUGGCUGGCUGGUAUGCUCACUGGGGUCUGGUACAUCCUCAACAGGGUAGAUACCACUCGCGUGGAGUUCACCAUCUCCCUCAGAGAGAACUGGUCUUUACCCUUCCUAGCGCUGCAGGUCGCUGCUAUCACCUGUUACCUCAGGCCUCAGCUCACCUCCUUACAGCAGAAGGUGAUGGUGUGGUUGAUGUACGUGACAACGUUCUGUUUCUGUCUAACGUGGCAGUUCAACCAGUUCAUCCUGCUUGUUCAGGCUCUCAUCAUAUACACUCUGGACUGUGUCGACUUUUUAACAACUACACAGGUGACCACUAUGUACCUGGUUCAAGUGAGCAGUCUGCUGAGUGUGUGGCUCCUCCAGUUCUGUAACUCCAUGAUACUGGGAUCACUGGUCCUAAGCUUCAUCGUAGCUGCGCUCUUCAUCAGACACUGCCAGUCUAGUCUGAAGACAGGAGGCCUGCUGGUUCGUCUGGGCAAACUGCUUCUCCACAGUGCUAUGGUUCUCCUCCUCACCGUCACCAUCAACUACCUGGCCAAGAAAGCACUUCAGCUCAGAUCAGAUGAACACAUCUUUAAAUUCAUCAAGUCAAAGUUUGCCUUGGGGCCAACAAGGGAUUUUGAUGCCAGUCUGUAUCUGUGUGAGGAGGCCUUUGGCCUGCUGCCCCUUGACACACUGGAGCGCCUGGCUGGUACCCUGCUGUUAUACCCAUACAUCCUCUCGCUGCUGCUGCUCAGCGGCAUGUUGGCAGUGGCUGCACUGCAGAACCUGAGCAGACCUAAAGGAGGUUCAGCUGAGGAGAGGAAAGGAGCCGGAGAGGGGCGAGUGGUGGCUCUCCGUCCAGAUGUGGCCUAUAAUCUGUUGCAUACACUGUUCUAUGGCCUCCUGGCUUUCAGCACUAUGAGGAUGAAAUAUAUAUGGACUGGCCAUAUGUGUGCAGUCGCGGCCUAUGGUGUGUGUGGGAAGGAACUGUGGACUCUGCUUCUCAACACUCUCAGCUGCAACACUAAAGUUCUGUUAAGGCUCGUCAGAUAUGCAGUUCCACUGUUGAUGAUCACUUGCCUGUAUUACAAGUUCUGGCCUAAGCUGAUGGAGGAGUUAUCAGAACUGAGGGAGUUUUAUGAUCCAGACACUGUGGAGCUCAUGACCUGGAUUAGCACAAAGACCCCUAAGCGGGCUGUAUUUGCAGGCAGCAUGCAGCUACUGGCUGGCAUCAAGCUGUGCACAGGCAGAGUUCUCACCAACCAUCCCCAUUAUGAAGAUAAAGAGCUGCGGGAGAGGACCAAACAGGUGUAUCAGGUGUAUGCUCGUCAAUCCCCGGAGGACGUCUAUGACAUCCUGAGGUCUAUCGGGGCCGACUAUGUGGUGCUGGAAAACAGCAUCUGCUACGAGCGGAGGCACCGGCGAGGCUGCAGACUGAGGGACCUGCUCGACCUGGCCAACGGACAUAUCAUGGACGGACCGGGAGAGAAUGACCCAGACCUUGUCCCGGCCUCCCACCCUCGAUUCUGCGAGGCCAUCAAGACAGACACGGCAGCUUACACCGCACUAUUCACCAGAACAUUCCAGAACAAAACCUUCCAUGUGUACCGGCUCAAGAAAAAACGCAAGAAAAGCACCAAGAGCUCGUCGGAGCCCAUUGCGACUCAGUAGCAGGUUCAGGGUUGUGAGAAAACCCCCGUCAGAGGCCAAAGGGGAGAGAGACGGAGGAGAAGAAGAGAUAAAAAGCACUGAGUCCUCGCUGUUCCUCUGUCUCCUCUGCACUGUGCCCAGCUGUGAUCAUGCCCAUUAUUUUUUCAACACAUGGCUCUGUGAACUGUGGUGUUAGAGCAGUGUGCCGGUUCAAGCUUGGGGCUGCAUUGUUUUAGUUAGUGGAGUGUGGAAGCACCUAUAGGAGUCCUGCUUCGGGCUGUUCUGUGUCCAGCCACCCACCCUGCCAUUCUCUCAGCACUCACUGGUGCAGAUAAACAGACACAGAAAUUACUAUUAGGCCGCUAAGUAGUGUCUGGAAUACCACAAGCAACUACUAAUUAUUUAGUUUCAUUAGAAGCAGUCAGUGUCAUUUCUGCACAGCAUCAUGAAAUGAACAAAACACUAAUCACUGCUACUUCUAAAUACUGUAAUAGAAUUAUUGUUUUCCUCUCAUACAGGGUAGACCUGGGGUUCAGCAGCAUUAAUCAAAAUUAGAUUCAGCAUCAAAUCAGAACAAUUUAAAAAUCAUUUAUCCAAUCUAUUAUUUUAGUUUUGCUUUGAGCACAUUUAAAAGUCACAAAUAACUUUAUAAAGUCAAAAGUUAAAACUUUGAGAUUGACAUGAAAUACUCAUUACAAUAAGUAAAAAAAAGUAUUUCCAGAUAAAUACAGUACAUUACAUAUUUGCUAGUGAGCUCUUCUUUGCUCAGAAAAUAGGGAGAGAAACUAUGAUUUACUGAGAUUAACAAAUCUGGGGAUUGUCAAAGUCUUUCUUUUACGAUUAUUCAUUCUUGGAAAGUGCAAGUUGCCACUGCAGCUCUGACUUAUAUCAGUUAUAAAGUGUAUAAAGGGUGGACAUUUGGGAUCAAAUAAACUAUCAAAAUUUGAUAAACAUGCAAACUUGAACGUGCCAUAUUUGAACAGGGUUGAAUAAACUGCAAUGGGCUGUUUUUAAAUACCCUAAAGUAUAAAUAUAAAUCUAGUGAGGAGCUUUCAUGUAAUUUUUUAAAAGAAAUUAUGAAGGUCUAAUUGGAAAUGACCUAGAAAAGUAUUUCCUACUUUGACAAAACAGUUUCAACUCAAGGUGCAGUUAACUAGCUUGUUUCAUAGCCUUUAACUGCAUUAGUGCAUGAAUCAGAAAUCAGAAAUGGAUCUGUUUGUAUGCAGUUGCACAGCAAAUUAAAUUAUCAAUCUGUGCGUCUGCAAAAUAUAUGGUAAAAGAUGCUUUGGGUGCUUUUGUGACUACUUGAAGGGCUAGUUGAACUACUGUGGCUGGCGAGCUAACCACCAAUAUGCUAGCCAGCUGAGACAUGCUAGCGCUACACAAUAGAUCACAGAGCUUCUUUUCUAUUUUGUUUGUACUGUGCUGUGGCACUCUGUUCUCUGUCUUGUACAUAAUUUCAUUAAAUGAAGAUUUAAUUGAA